AUGGCCAACGCGACCAGCUUCUCCGAUCUUCCCCCUCUACCAACCUACACCCUCACACCCCGCCAACCCCUGGUUGCCUCAAUCCCCGACAAUGUCAUGAUUCUCAUCAUUCCCAUAAUAGGAUACUGGGUGAUAUCGCUAACAUUCCACUGGAUUGAUGUCAACGACUUCUUUCCCCAGUACCGCAUCCACACACCCGCUGAGGUUUUGAAACGCAAUCAUGUGUCACGUUGGGAUGUGAUUCGGGAUGUUAUUUUGCAGCAAUUGAUCCAAACUGUCUGUGGCUUGGUGUUGGCCUACUUCGAUGAGGUGGAGUAUACGGGCAAGGAUGAAUACAACGUCAUGGCCUGGGCAACAAGGGUCAGAAUUGCCCAACGCCUAAUACCCCGUGUUUUCUCCUUUGUUGGAAUCGAUGCUGGUCGGCUUGCCCAAAGGCUACCGUCAUUUCCGAUGCUGGCUGCUGCGAUCUCCGGCGGUCGAUAUCCGUUUCUGACUCAGAGGAUUAUCGCCCCCGGUGGAGAGUCUGUGGUUGCUCCCGCAUUUGCUAGCUGGGAAGUCAAUACGGCCUAUUUGGUCUACUGGUAUCUGAUACCGGCUCUGCAGUUUAUCACAGCUACCUUUCUCUUAGACACAUGGCAAUACUUUCUGCACCGCGGAAUGCAUAUGAAUAAAUGGCUGUACACAACAUUCCAUUCUCGCCAUCAUCGCCUCUACGUGCCCUAUGCCUUUGGCGCACUAUAUAACCACCCUUUCGAAGGCUUCCUGCUUGAUACCGCUGGAGCUGGCCUUUCAUUUCUCAUCACAGGAAUGACCAACCGCCAAGGAAUGUGUUUUUACACAUUCUCAACUAUCAAAACGGUUGACGACCACUCGGGCUAUGUCUUUCCCUUUGAUCCUCUCCAACAUUUCACCUCCAACAAUGCCGCGUACCACGAUAUUCACCAUCAAAGCUGGGGUAUCAAAACCAACUUUUCCCAGCCGUUUUUCACUUUUUGGGAUGGGUUACUAAAUACACGUUGGUCGGGUGGUGACGUCAGUAGUCGAUAUGAGCGGUCACGCAGAGCUGCACAAAAGUUAGUGGACGAAGAUAAUGCAAGGUCUCAAGCCGAGAAUAUGCUAGCAGAGGUAGUUUCGGUUAAGGAAGGGGAGGAGUCGGCUUCACUCAACCUCUUGUCUCGAAGCGUUCGUCGGAAGACCCCUUCAUUCUCUCCGCAGGCAGACAAUCUGAAGGCCGUCAGUCAUCGCCUUAACGGAAGCAUACGGCAGAAAUAA